AUGCUUUCACAGCAAGCGCGUGUCUUGCGCAACAACGUUCGAACGGCGCGAACACCUGGCCCUCGGAUACCCUGUGCUACAUUCUCGGUCUCUUCUCGACUCAACAAUUAUGAUGACACCAUUCAAAAUCUCAAGAUCGGUUCGCACACACGUGUUAUAUUUCAAGGAUUUACCGGCAAACAAGCCACCGCGAAUGCAAGAGAGUCGAUAGAAUGGGGGACCAACGUAGUCGGCGGUGUAAAGCCUAACGGAUCGGGAGAGCAUCUCGGGCUGCCUGUCCUACCAUCUGUGAGGGCUGCGAUGGAACAGUUGAAGCCAGAUGCUACGGGGAUAUAUGUGGCAGCACACCAAGCGACUGCUGCGAUCGAAGAGGCAAUUGAAGCUGAGGUACCACUCAUCGUUGCAGUUGCCGAACAUAUUCCGUUGCAUGAUAUGAUGAGGAUACAUUCAAUGCUGCAGUCGCAGUCCAAAUCUCGGCUUGUAGGUGCCAAUGCACCUGGCAUCAUUUCAGCUAUUGGAAAAUGCAGGAUUGGAUUCCAACCACUUCCAACAUUCUCUCCUGGACACAUCGGUAUUGUAGCAAAGUCUGGUACCCUCUCAUACGAGACUGUCGGAUCUCUGACGCGAGCUGGUGUUGGACAGAGCCUAUGCAUUGCAGUAGGAGGUGACGUGAUCGCUGGGACCAACUUUGUCGAUGCCUUGAAAGUUUUUGAGCAUGACGAAGAUACCGAGGCUAUUAUCAUCGUCGGUGAACUAGGUGGUACAACAGAAGAGGAGGCAGCGGACUGGAUCAAAGACUACAGAAAGCGUGUCAAUAAUCCGAAACCUAUUGCUGCUGUUAUUGGAGGGUUUGAAGCUCCACAUGGCAGAGUGAUGGGCCAUGCAGGAGCGUGGGUUGGUCUUGGAGAAGGUACAGCGGCAUCAAAGUACAAAGCGCUAGAAAAUGUUGGUGUGACAAUGGUGGACCACCCUGCCAAGUUCGGUAGUGUGAUGAAGGAUAUCCUUGCCAAAUCCGGUCGCAAUGUGAAGAAGAUCGUAUGUUUAAAGUCAAGAGAAAAUAAAGCUAUCAACACUGACAAGGACCAGGAACAAUCCGCAGCUCAACAGCGCCGCUCCUAUCACACUUCAAGCUUCACAAGGCGGCCUACCGUUUCCACUAGACCAUCGAUCCCUUCUCAGCAAAAACGAUCCCUCCAUCUUACCAAGGACCAAUAUACGAACCUUCUCACAGAAUACAAGAUCAACCUAACAACACCACCCGAGGGCUCACCUUCAACACACUAUCUAGGUAUAUCUCCUCAUCGCUCAGCCCGCAGUCCCUCAAUUAUAGUAUCACCCACAGCAAACCCUUCCACGCUGAACCAACGCGUCCGUCGAUUCCCUUUCGACUACCGUUCUGGCCCCAGUCCAGAAGCCAUCCAAGCCGCAAUCGCACACAUGCAGCUUGACGCCGCCCCACCAAAAGCCAAAGCCCAAACCGUCGAACUGAUCAAGAAUCUCUGGGCGUUAUACAGCGAAAAAGAAGCAAUCGACGCCCACGUCAAGCUCGCUUUGUCGGUAGAGAGCGACGAGAUACUAGUUUACGAACCAUACUUGUUCUUCGAUGAUGCGGCAUUCAAGUCAGGAAAACGACAAGCUGAACUCCACGCUUUACGCGAUCAAGAGUCAAUUUCCGCAACCGACCGAGAAGCCGAAGAAGCCGGUAUUGUUUAUAUACCGUUGGGCUCUCCGGAAUUUCCUGCCGGGACUACUCAGGCAGGGACUCAAACGCCACCUUCCUCUACUGCAGAAGAGGGCCCGCGAAAUCUGAUUGGUACAUUGGUGAACGGUGCUGGACUCGCACUGAACACUAUUGAUACACUUUCCUUACGCCUUUCUCAACCGCCUUACUCGACCUCUGCUGCCAACUUCCUCGAUACUGGUGGCAAGGCGACUUCCGCCACUAUCAAGACCUCGUUCAAGCUUAUACUUUCUGAUCCCCGCGUGUCCGUUGUCUUUGUGAACAUCUUUGGAGGACUGACGUUGUGCGAUAUGAUUGCCGAGGGCAUCAUUAUGGCGUUUAAGGAAAUCGGAGUAGAGAAGCCAGUCGUGGUAAGAUUGAGGGGUACGAACGAGGAGAAAGGACGGAAGGUGUUGGAGGAAGCUAAACUACCCAUCCAUGCAUUUGACGACUUUGAAGAAGCAGUUCGAAAAGUUGGAGAGUUGGCUAAUGCUAGUGGAGCAAGGUAA